CCCCGCACACCCGCACCCGGGCUGUCUCCUGAACAGCGGGCCGAGGGGCUGUUGAGGAGUCGAAUCUAUUGUGUCAUAUAGCGGGGCCUCUGUAUUUCAGUAACUGCUGCUUGAUUGUGUGUGCUGUGGCUGUUGGAGUGCCCUCUGAACCGCCUCUUGCUGUGGAGAUAAUUCUGUGCACGCUGCCUGGCAUUUCUGUAUUUCCACUGCAAGGAUCUCCGGGUGUUGUGAUUAAACAUUCCGUCAGAAAGAUAUUGCAUAAUUUUAAUAUUUAGAGUGUUUUAAAUAGGUUUUAAGUUGUUGAUACAAACAAUAAAAUGUACUUUCUCUUAGGAGUGUCAUGUAAAAACAGCAUUUUCCUGUGAAAACAGAAAAUGGCUUCAAGAGGAACAACAGAGACCAGUAAACUAAAACAAAACUUGGAGGAGCAGUUGGACAGAUUAAUGCAACAACUUCAAGAUCUGGAAGAGUGCAGAGAGGAGCUGGAUGCAGAUGAGUAUGAGGAGACCAAAAAAGAAACUCUUGAGCAGCUGAGUGAGUUCAAUGACUCCCUGAAGAAGAUUAUGUCUGGAGAUAUGACUUUGGUGGAUGAGCUCAGUGGCAUGCAACUGGCAAUACAAGCAGCCAUCAGCCAAGCAUUUAAAACUCCAGAAGUGAUUAGGAUGUUUGCAAAGAAGCAGCCGAGGCAAUUGAGGACAAGACUGGCAGAGAUGGACAGAGACUUAAUGGUUGGGAAGUUGCCACGAGACCUGUACACCCAACAGAAACUGGAAAUCCUGACUGCCCUCAGAAAGCUGGGUGAGAAGGAUCAGGAGACAAGGUCUUUGCUCUUGCAAGUGUUGAAGUAGAAAAGGCAAAACAAUGAAGAGGUUCGUGAGGCUUGUGUCUCCAGUUAUCAGCAGCAUUGGAUUUUGGUCAUACUGCGUUUGGUUUUUCUAUUUCUUACAUGUUGAAAAAAAAGCAAAGCAAAACAAAAAACCCAAGCCCUAAAUCUCUUGGGUCCUUAACCAGAAGAUAUGAAGUAAACAGCCUUAAGUGCACUUUGGGACCUUGCUGUCUGUACCCUUUCAGUAAUACAAGCUCUGAGGCUGAACACUAAGAGGAGCUCUAAAACAAAAGCAUGGUGUGACUGUCUUUGGAAAGAGUCAGUUGUUUUGAACUUUUCUGAAUGUGUAUUUCUCUAACUAUUAAAACUUAAUCUUUUUGCAUGUGGUUGUAGCAAGCAGAUCUUUUUACUAAGUGGUCCUGAUGGGUUUUUUUGGGUGAUUCUUCACAUUGUCUUAAUUUUUGUCUGGACUCCCCACUAAGUAGUUUGUGCUAGGAAGGCAUUGAAGCUUUGGAAAAUGGAUGUAGUUUAUUGAAAUGCCAUCUUUCUACAAACUGUUUGCAGAAGACCCAAAAUGAGCCUGGAUGCUGAUCACUGGCCCUUGGCUGCUUGUUUGCCGUGCUCAUGAAUGAGCACUUUGUGUCCCAGCCCUGCUGAGGACAAUGGCAGCCCUGUGGGGAGGCUUCUGGAGUCAUUUAACCUUGUGUAUUGAAGGGACAGGAAUUGAUAGGACAUGGCAGGGAGAUGCUCUUCCUUCAGCUCUGGUGUGUAGCUGUUAUUUCAGAGGGGACAUGAAAUAGCUUGCAAGUAGAAACAAAAAAAGCUCCCGUUAUGUGAUCAGUGCAAGUGUUGUUCAGUCUCAGUGGUGGUGCUAUGGAGAGGGGAGGGUCUGUGUCUCCACUGGAUCCCACCCAAAUAAACUAAGCUUAGGAGGAUUUGAAAUCUCGUAGUUGAAUUUUUAGCUCAGAGAGUAAGUGGGUAGCAUUGACUAGAAACAGAAAAUUAACAUGGUCCGUUGUCAUUUAGAGUGCACUUACUGGGCAUAAAUACCCUAUAAAUUAGCAAGUUUGUCUAAUUGUAAACUGGGACUGGAGUAGAUUAGAAAAUGUGUUUCUAGACUGUAUUUUGCUUUAACAGAUAUACUUUUGACAUCUAGCAUUGAAGAAAUGAAAGGAUACAGGAUAGAGAUAGCAUAAUUUGUUUUUCACUGAUAGCACUUCUUUCUCCCUGUUAUUAGAAAGCCUUUAUUGAGGAGGGGUCUUUUGUCUAUUUUCUGUCUGGGACAGCAUUGUGUUCUCUGAUAAAGGCUGAUUGCAGCUUCGUAGCUGAGAGCAGCUUAUUAAAAGGCGUUAUUAGACUCUGAAAUUAUGGGAAGCAAAACAGUCUGUGAGGACUGGAGCUGCCUUCUUUUCCUUUCUGCUCAUUACUGGUGCUAAGGAACUCUCUCCCCAUACACCCCCAGCCUUCGUGCAGCAUUAUUAUGUAAAUUAAAUCUCUCAGCACUCACAAAAAGUUUACAGUACAAUGACAUGGAAAUCUUUUUCCUUGUAGUUUGACAGGUGUACGUUUCCAGGAGAAACUUUUUAAAAUUGGUUUGUAAAUAUUUCAUGGUUUUUGCAAAUACCUGUACUGCGGGCAGUUGUAACAUUCCAAUUAAAUUGAUCCUUGACUGAACAUCUUUCCAACAUCUGCUGCUUCUGCUCUUGGAAGGAUCUCUGGUGGUUUAGAUGGACAGAGAUGAGACUGAGAUCAGUACCAGUAUUGCAAGACUCAGUGUGCUGGGUCAGACUUCUCAGAAGCUGUGAAGGGUCAGAAAUCAGAGCUCUACCCAGAGACUGGCUGUGUCCUGCAGAAUGCCCUGACCAGAAAUGCGAUUUAACAAGGAAGCUGCUGCUGAUGUGAAGCCAUUCAUGUGUUGACCCUUACAGAGAGUUAAGUAACCUCUUGAAAUAGUUAGAUUGAUUUAAGGCAUAGUAAGUUAAUUGGUGUGUUGUGCUAAAUACUUUGCUGAAUAAUCCUGGGAUGUACCUCCACCAACACCUCAAAUGUUUCUGCAGGGGCUGUAAAAAAAAGUACAUAAUCUAUUUAUUAUAAUAAUGAUUUCCACAAAUAAAAACUGAUAACAAAAGAACAACUGCUAAAUGAAAGCAUGGGUUUGUGUUUAACAAACAAGCUUGUGAUGUGUGAGUCCCAUCCCCAGUUCCGUGUUGGAGCUGGGCAGAUCACUCAUUCUGUACACAUCUUUCUUUCCUGGAGUAAAAUACAGAUUAUGAUCCUUAAAUAUCGAGUGCUGUGAAGUUGUUAUUGAUCAUACAUUGCUUUGAAGAUUAAAAGUGCUUUGUUUUUUGUUUAUCAUUUUACUUCUGAAAUAAGAACUGUAAAGUACAGUAGCUUUAAACACA